CAUACUUAGAUAUAGUAUUUCAUUGAAUAAAACUAUACUUUGAAAAAAAAGAAAUUCUCAGUUCUUUACUAUGAUAGCCAGAAAGUUUUUAUCUGUGCUGAUUAUUUUGUGUUGUGGACAGAGUUCUUGUCAGAAACGCUACGGCAAUACAUUGGCAAACCCAUUCAGUGACAAAGUCUGUUUGGCAACGACACCAUUACAGAAAUCCGUUGUGGAAAAUUUUUGUUUGAGACCAAGCCACCCGAUUUCACUUUGUGCAAGCAUCCACCGACAUGCCCGUUUUACAUUAUCACGAUGUCGUACUACACGCAGAAGAUGUGGCAUCUUUAGAUGAAGGGCAAUGGUUGACGGACAGCAUCAUUGAGUUUCAUAUGGAAUAUUUGGAGCGUAACCACCAGACACCUGGCAACGACGUCGUGACACUGUUGCGUCCAGGGAUGGUUCAGCUAUUGUCGCAUACGCAAGAGGACGUGACGGCGUUAAAGCCGGUUUUGCCACCUUCUUUAUCUACGUCGCAAGCCGUCUUCAUGCCCAUUAAUGAUGGAGUUCCAGAGUCAGCUUACAGUGGCUCUCAUUGGUCGCUUCUCGUGUAUUUACACCAAACACAGAAAUGCUAUCAUUAUGACAGUAUUCGUGACAGUAAUUUGGAUCAGGCACGAUUGACCGCUCAAAGGUUGAGCAGUCUUUUGGAACUCCCACGACCCAUCAGUGUCAUACCCAUGGCAUGUCCUCAGCAAACCAACGGCGCCGAUUGCGGAGUGCAUGUCAUCGCGUUGGUGGAUUAUUUUGUUCGAAAAAUUCAAGAAACAUCGGAUAUAGAGACAUUAGUUUCUGUGGAUUCCGAUGAAAUAGCGGCCACCUCAAUGGUCAGAAAGCGUCUACUUUCAGUGAUCAAGGAUGAAAGUCAUGAGCGAAAAUUUCUCGACCAAUCAUAAACCGCGAUUUGAAAAAAAGCCAUUUUUUUUUUGUUUAUGUUGUCGGGUCUCGUACACUUUCCUUCUUUCC